CCCUAGAAGGACCUCUUCGCGAAAGGCGGCUACCUCCUCCUUCCCUUCCCCAGUUUCCCGGCCCGCCGCCUACCACGCCCCAAACCCUAGCCGCCCCCACCCUACCGCCGCCAUGGCCGACCCGCGGAUGUUCCCAUCAGGAUCGGACGACCGCGCUGAAGCCUCCGACGCCAGCCGCCGGCUGUACAACCCGUACCAGGACCUCAAUAUGCCCAACAGCUACCGGACCCUCUACGACCUCCCCACCUCGCCGGAGUUCCUCUUCCAGGAGGAGGCCCUGGCGCAGCGCCGCUCGUGGGGCGAGAACCUCACCUUCUACACGGGCGUCGGGUACCUCUCGGGCGCCGUCGGCGGCGCCGCCCUGGGCCUCCGCGACGCCGCCAGGGGCGCCGAGCCCGGGGAGACCGCCAAGAUCCGCGCCAACCGCGUGCUCAACGCCUGCGGCAGCUCCGGCCGCCGCGUCGGCAACACGCUGGGCGUCAUCGGCCUCAUGUACGCCGGGAUUGAGAGCGCCAUGGUCGCGGCCCGCGACCGCGACGAUUGGAUCAACAGCGUCGCUGCCGGGCUCGGCACCGGGGCGCUCUUCCGCGCCGCCAACGGGCCGCGGUCCGCCGCCGUCGCGGGCGCCCUCGGUGGGGUCCUCGCCGCGGCCGCCACGGGGGGCAAGCAGCUCGCCAAGCGAUACGUGCCUGUCAUAUGAUCGUGUCUGUGUGGUAGCUAUUGUUCGCUAGCUUGAGCGGACAAUGAAACAAUCUGUCGCGAAAGAAAUGUUCUUUUUUUGUUCGUUCGUAGUAGUAUGGUGUUCUUCAGGCAAGCUACUCCAUAUGGGAAGGGAUUACCUUCUCUUAGUGAUUAAUCCGUGCUGUGCUAGUAACUUAAGCAUACGGGAACGGUCUGGAUGGAAAAUUUUGAGCUGCUUGCAUUGCUAUGCAACAUCAUGCUUAAUGAAAUAGCAUUGUACUGGUGUUGCUGAGCAAUAAGAGUUGAUCCUUGUGUCUUGGCAGUGUUUUGCCUGUGAAAUACUUGCCAUUGCGCCUUUUGUUGAGAAAGAGGUUCUGUGCGCGA